CCAGUCCCUAGUCCUCAUUUCAUACUUGCAAUGAAGGGUGUGUAGUUACAUAUACGGUGGACACAAAUGGCCCUGAGCUAACGAUGGAGGCCUUUACCUUUACCGUGUCCACUCAGGUGGAUUUUCCAAUUCAUGUGAAGAUUGGCUCGUUGGAAGGAAAGCAGAAACAAGCGCCUUUCUCCCUCCUUCUGAAGCAUCCAGAAUUGCGCCACAUCGGUUCCGCGCAGAAUCCCGUCUCCGACCUCUUCGUGACCAUCCAACUAUGGUCAGAUUCCAAAGCCUUGGGAGUGCCUUUGCAGACCUCAUAUAAGGCCUUCAAGUCCGCUCGAGCCUGGAAUGAAUGGCUGCAGCUGCCGAUAUCAAUAAAGGAUGCUCCCCUCAAAAGUCAACUGGCGAUUACCGUUUGGGAUCUCUCCCCAUUUCGCGGCGAAGGAGCGCUCGGACACUAUGUGCCUUUUGGCGGAACGACUAUACCGUUGUUUGACGGAGAAGGAAAAUUGAAGAUGGGCAGGCAGAAAUGCAAGAUAUAUCGUCACCGAGCUGCGGAUGGUUUCUCCACAACGACAACGCCGUCAACAGCGCCUCCGAAACGUCGGAAGAACAACGCCCCAGAUCCGCUAGGCCCAUCGGAAGAGGAGAUGGAGCUAGAACGCAUCGAAGUUUUGAUAAAGAAGCAUGAGAUGGGGGAAAUACCACGCAUUGACUGGAUGGACCAACUGGUCUUUCGCCAGCUGGAAAGGCUCAAACUCAAUGCGGAGGAAGCUGCAAGGAAACGGGCCUUACGUCUGAAGGCUACGAAACAGAAGCGCUCGGAGCAUGGCGGGGAUGAGGACGACUCAGAUGAUGACGAAGUGGACGAUGAGAACUUCAUUCUCUACGUUGAGUUCCCGCGCUUUGAUCACCCCAUCGUCUGGUCCGAUCAUGAGUACCCAGCUCCUCCAAUGUCAUUCUACUCCCAAGGUGCACCUGCAAAUGCAAAUCCCGCACUGAAGCCCGUACCGGAAGUUCGCUUUGGUCCGGGAAUAGAGGGCGCGGAUGGUGGCGGUGUCAUCAGAAUAUACGACCCUGAAGUUGGUCAAACCGGUAAUCCAUGUGAAGACAAGCAUCGGAGACUGAUCCGUAGCCAUCGGACGGGCAUCAUGGAUCGUGAUUUGAAACCAAACCCCAAGAUUCGCGAUGAACUCAACGUAAUUCUGUCAUACGAGCCCACGCAGGAUCUCACCGCUGAGGAGAAAGACCUUGUUUGGCGAUUCCGAUACUACCUAACCCGUGAGAAGAGAGCGCUGACUAAGUUUGUCAAGUCGGUCAACUGGAGGGAUGUUGGUGAAGCGCAUCAAGCCGUCGAGAUACUGCCCAAAUGGACCGAAAUUGAUGUAGACGAUGCUCUUGAGUUGCUUGGACCGACUUUCGAUAAUCCUGCAGUUCGUUCAUAUGCAGUUGAAAGACUGCGCAAGGCGGACGAUGAAGAGCUACUUCUUUACCUGCUACAACUUGUACAGGCUCUGAAAUAUGAAGAACACUCUCACGGUGAUGUUGAUGACGCCGCCCACGAUUCGUCUUUGGCCAACUUCCUUAUAGCCCGCGCUGCGAACAAUUUCAAAUUGGGCAACUACCUACAUUGGUACCUUAUGGUUGAAUGCGACGAUGCAGGGCCAGGAACAUUGUCAGCACAACGUAGACUCUUCGCACGCGUGGAAUACUACUUCAUGGCUGAGCUCGAGAAAGUCCACCCGGAGCAUCGCAAGACCCUCCUGCGCCAAGGUGAACUAGUCACUAUACUCACAAAGAUCGCUAAAGACGUCCGGUUCUCGCGCGAGAACCGGGUCCUCAAGAUCGAACGACUGAAGCAGUGCCUCAAGGAUCCGAAGAACGACAUGCUACACAUCGACCCUCCACUGCCACUGCCCCUGGACCCGGAAAUCCACGUCACCGGGUGCUACCCGGACGAAGCAAACGUCUUCAAAUCCUCCCUCUCUCCUCUCCAAGUCAUGUUCAAGACCUCCGACGGACGAAAAUUCCCCAUCCUUUUCAAAAUUGGCGAUGACCUCCGCCAAGACCAACUUGUCAUCCAAAUCAUCAUCCUAAUGGACCGACUCCUCCAAAAGGAGAACCUCGACCUCAAACUUACCCCCUACCGUAUCCUAGCCACCAAUUCCACCGCUGGCGCCGUCCAAUUCAUUCCCUCGGCCUCCCUGUCCGCCAUCUCCGCCAAAUACAAAUCCGUCCUCGCCUAUCUCAAAGCCAACAAUCCAGAUGACAGUGAACCCCUCGGCGUUCGCAAAGAAACAAUGGACACCUAUAUCAAAUCUUGCGCCGGCUACUGCGUAAUCACCUACCUCCUCGGCGUCGGCGACCGCCACCUCGAGAACCUCCUCCUCGCCCCCGAUGGCCACUUCUUCCACGCCGACUUCGGCUUUAUCCUCGGCCGAGAUCCCAAGCCGUUCGCACCCAUGAUGAAACUCUGCAAGGAAAUGGUCGAGGGCAUGGGCGGGACUACUUCUCCCUUGUAUCUCCAGUUCAAGCAGUAUUGCUUCACGGCGUAUACUACGCUACGCAAAUCGGCGAACCUCAUCCUUAACCUGUUCAGUCUGAUGGUUGAUGCGAAUAUCCCUGAUAUUCGGGUCGAGCCCGAUAAGGCUGUCUUGAAGGUCAAGGAGAGGUUUCAUCUGGAAAUGUCGGAGGAAGAGGCCAUUCGACAUUUCGAGCAGCUUAUUAGUGAUAGUGUUAAUGCUAUCUUUGGUGUUGUGAUUGAUCGGUUGCAUGAGUUUGUGCAGGGGUGGAGGGCUUAGGUGGCUGGCAUUUUUAGUGGAUUCCUAGCUCAUUCUGCUGUUUCGUUGAAGGGGGUAAGGAGUUUAUGGCGCAUACCACCGAUUAAAUGGUUCACUGAUGAAUUGAUUGAUACCCUGCCUUUGAAG